AGCUGCGUUUGAAAUUCCCAUGGUGCUAGGGGGCGCGAGGGCAUAGCGUUUUGUGUCUAGCUAGAACUCGUAGCUGCCUCUCGCUUCUACACGUUAGAUUUCACAUAUAUAACAUUAGCGAAUUAAAGUCAUGUGAAUGAGAGGAAAGGAACCCGACCUACUAUUUGACGACAAAUGACAUUCUGAAUUUUCAGAAAAUCCAGAACAUUUCUGCCCUGUUAGCUAGCUAUAGGAGCUGAGACGGAGGCAGAGGUAGAAAACUUCGCUAACGCCAAUUAACGUAUUGUGUUUGUUAGCUAAGCUAGCUAACUGAGAGAGACCCUACUAAAAGUUGUAUAAACAACCCUCUAAUGGAGUUGUUGUGUCACGAGGAUGGACGAUUCCAUGCCGCAUCAGAAAGCACAACCGAAUAUAUGAAUUCCGCUGCUCUUCGGGCCAGCUCUGACCCGACCCUGACACGGGACCGUCGAGCAUUGCAGAACCUUCUGUCACUGGAAAAGACCAGUCGGGCCUCACCAUCAUACUUCGGCACGAUUCAGACAGACAUUCAGCCAUAUAUGCGGAGAAUAUUGGCAGUAUGGAUGCUGCAGGUUUGCGAGGAGCAGAAGUGUGAGGAAGAGGUGUUUCCUUUGGCCAUCCACUAUCUGGACCGUUACAUGAGUUGCUUCCCUGUUCAAAGGUCCAACCUGCAGCUUUUAGGUGCUGUUUGCAUGUUCCUGGCCUCAAAACUGCGUGAGACAGUACCCCUGAGUGCCAGCAAGCUCUGCAUCUACACUGACAAUGCCAUUACAGUGUCAGAGCUUCUGCAAUGGGAACUUGUGGUGGUGGCAGGGUUAGAGUGGGACCUGGCUUCUGUGUUACCCUCUGACUUCCUGGAGCAAAUUCUUCAUGGCAUACCCAUAAUCCCUCACAACCUCCAUGCCUUGCGCAGGCAUGUCCACUCCUACAUUGCACUGGCAGCCACAGAGUUUAAGUUCUCUGUGUUCCUGCCUUCCACUAUUGCCUGUGCCAGUGUGGGCGCUGCCAUUCGCAGACUGAAGCUCCUGGAAGGAGCUCUAUCCAAUGAUUCACUUAUGCAGUUGCUAGCUAACAUCUUGGCUAUUGAUCUGGAGUCUCUCUGCUGCUGCUCUGACCAGUUGGAGGGUGUGCUGGAGCUCAGCCUGCCUCCCUGCCCCCAGACACCAGGGGCUUGCCGUUCAGGGACACCUGGCCCAGAGGUCAGCUACACCCCCACUGACAUCCAGGACGUACACCUGUCACCACUGGGCUAGAGAUGACACCAAGCAGACAAUCACUUAACAAUGACUGGAGCUUAUUUAUACCAUAAUGAGGCAGGUGUCUUAACUACCCCGUAAGACUAUUUUUGGCAGUCACUAAAACAAAUGUAUGUGGUAAGAAAAAACAUGUCUUAUAAGCAUUACUGUGUUCACACAUGAUGAAUUGUGGAGAUCUUUUUGAUUUCCAAAGUUUCUGUUUACAUUACAUUUCAGUGUAUUUGAGUUCUUUGUCGUUGCUAUGCUGUUGCUGCUAAGGUUUUUUUAAGGACGUUUUAAAACUUCCGUUACUGUCGCUAGCUUCAGGGAACACAGUUUCUCACUGCUCUCUGAAGUUACCACGGAGGGGUAUCUUUUUAACUUAAAACAUGCUAUUUGUGAUAUUGCCAGAAGUAUUACUGAAUUUCUAUUUCAAUGUUUGCACUGUGAGUUUGCUGAGUGGUGUUCUCUGUGAAUACAUUAUGAAUUAUUAUUAAAAGAAA